AAAAUUCUCCCGCGCGGUGCUCUUUUCAAGUUUCACAACACCGAACUGACAAAUGAUGAAGCCGUCUGAAUUGUUACAAGAACUGACAAGUAUCUCUAUUCACACUACAUCUCAAGGCCGUUCCUCACAAUCACUGAAGAUGUCCGAGCUGAAAAGCUAAACGCCCAUGGGCAGAGUAGCCGCAUCGAACAGGGACUCACGUAGCAGUGGCGGGGGCGCCAUUUUCUACCCCAUCACGGUCGGGGGAAGUUCAGACAGCCCUCGACAGGUUCGAAGACAUCCCUAUUCAGAGAUGCUCAAGCCCAGCUCACUUAGUCUCAAGAUCGGGCCGCGGAUUGAGGUCACCGACUCCACCGAAUCGUUGGACAGAGAAGUAGAGAAUCUCAACCUCAGGUAA